AGCAGACAUUACUGAGCAAACACUUCGUAACUACCACUUUCAAUUUUGCAAACCUACAUGAAAGUCAACCACGCAUUUUAUCUGUAGUUUCUCUUCUUUCCACUGGACUCCUGUUUUUUUUUUUUUCCCAUUGUUUUUCUAUGGCAGCCAUUACACUCAUAGGUGUCAGCAGCCACGCCACAUUUUUAUGUAACAUUAAUUACGAUAUUCAUAGCUUUGCUGUUAUGUUUAUAUAUUUUGUACAUGUUGCCAGAAUACGGUGUGCUUCAUAUUAUAAUUCACAUUUUUGAGCAACUGAGGGUACCCUUGGGAACUGGUACGCGUCCCUAUAUGCAUCUGCAUUAUCCCUGUACAGGAAGAGGCGGUACUGAGUGACUGCUUUAUAAAGCUGUUUGUCGUGAAGGACAACACUUUAAAAACAUGGAUGAUAUAUUUUAUGCUCGACGUUAUUAACAUUUUUACUGGAUAGAGAUAAUGAGCUUUUUGAAAAUUCAAAGCCAAACGAUAAGCUGCUGUGUGGAAAGCUCUGCUGAGGAGGAUUUUCAGAAUACCUGACCAUUUUAUGCUCCGAGAAAAAGAUGGAAAGCAUGUUUGGAAGGGCAAGAGAGCGAACCGCGAUGCAGCUCUUCAGCCACAGCGGAAUGGUGCUUUUACCCUGGACCAGACAGAUUCUGAUAGUACUAUGGGAAAACUUCCGCUUAAUACUUCAAGUCAUUUGUUGCAGCGUAAUGGCAGUUUUCCAGAUGUUCAGGUUUGAAGUUCACCUGCGCAUCACAGAUGACACAGGAGAACAUAUUCAGCACAUGACGAAUGCUCAUCAUGAUACAGAAGGUUUCCUCUUGUCAUCACUGUUUGAAAGCAACAAAAAUGUUGUAGUGGCAGGUCAGAGUUCUUCGUCAAGAUUUAACAAGGAUCCUUUCAACCUAAACUCACAUUCCAGGUCUGUUCUGUCCAAUCACGUGAAUGACAAUUUCUGCUGCUCCCUGGUGGACAAUCUGGUUUCUUGUGCAACUGACUGUCUCAAUAGUAAAGAUGAUGUGUAUGUAGGUGAGCAGUUUGAAUGGAAGCACAGCUUUGACUGGAAUUUUAAUGCAGACUUAGAUAGUAAAGCAGAUGAAGAAUGUGUACGGUAUCUUUAUAGUAAAGAUAUUCAGAAACAAUGUGAUUGUUGUGCAGGAUUGAAAUGUAAUUUGUCAUGGUUAAAGUCCAAAAGUCAAAGUUCAGAUAGUGAGAUUAGUUGGGGCAGCUCAGACAGUUCCUCCAUUGAUAUGGAGCGAGAAGAUAGUGAUGGACUAUGGGAUCUUCUUAGAUAUUCCAAUGAUCCAUACCACCCACUUCACUUCACAGCAUGUAUCUCCAGUGCAAUUGCUAGGAGAACACAAACUGGAUCAAGUCAGCAAAGAAAUGAGAUCACAUCAACAUUAUCUAGUGUGUCAUGUUGCUCAGAUUCUAUUGAGCAAGGAAACAAAGAAACUGUCAACUCAGAAGACGAAGAAGAAGCAUUGUGGAAAUCUCUGUCCCGAGAUGAUGACCCUUAUCACCCAUUAAAUUUUAGAGCUUCUCUCAACAGUGCACACACAAUUAGAGACUGCCUGGAGAAAAGCCAUAAAAUAUCCAGAGAACACACAAGCACUAGAUAUCCCAAGCCAUUUUUGAUGCAAAGGCAACUUAUCAGUCACCGGUGUCCUCAGUUGUGUGUGGAAAAGCCGGUGAAAGUGCCCUGGAAAAGAUCCAUAAAUAAGAUUGUUGAUGCCAGCAUGACAAAGACAAAAAACAUUUCUACUGUGAAAAAGGUGAAAUUCUCUUCAGUUGUACAAAUUCACAAGAUGAAAGCCUGGUCAUUUGCUCUUCAAGCAAGCCGCAAGGGGCCGUGGGAGGAGCAUGCUCGGGAUAGGGACCGUUUCCAGAGAAGAAUUUUGGAAACAGAGCAGGCCAUUGGACAUUGUUUCAUGCCAUCACACAGAGAUAAGUUUUUGAUCUAUCAUCAAAGCAUACUCUCUCAAUGUGUUCCAGAAAGACUUUCUAAUUUUAACUGAAACUGUGGACUAUUUUAACAACUCUGCUGUGUUGUGGACAAAUCUCUUAGAGUGGUACUGAAAAUGAAAAUGUAACAGCUGUUUUUCAUAAAUUUAGGAGACAUAUACGGUCAAAUUUGCAAAGCACAUAUAUUGCAUACGUUUUUUUUAUUUUUUUAUUUUUACAGAUAUAGAAAUAUGUCAGAUACUUGUACAUAUGUCAAAUCUAUUUCAAAAUAUUACAAAAAUUGUCAUUUUAUAUAUGUAACAUAUUUUCCAAAAUACAUACAUAUACACACACACACACAGGAGUGCAGAACUAUUAGGCAAAUGAGUAU